AUGGAAGUAAAAUUAAGUUAUAUUAAUGAUGAUUUCAAAAAAACCCUUGAAUAAAAGAAUUCAGAAUUACAUAAACUUAAAUUAGAACUUAAUAUAAGAGAGGAAUAGAAUUAAGUGUAUUAAGAAUAGACUAAAUUAUUAACAAAUGAGAGAAGAGAGAUCAAUGAGAAGUAUUAUAUAUAAAAUUUUGAAAUUGAAGAAAUGAAAACCAAUUAUUAAGAGAUUGAAACAUCAAGAAAACAAUUAAUAUAAGAACUAAGAUAAAAGAUAGAUGUAUUAAUUAAAGAUAAUUAAGAAAAUGCUGAAAUUAUUCAAAAGAUUAAUAUUGAUAUAGUUAAUCAGAAAGAAAUAUAUGAAGAAAUUAUAGAAAGAUAAAAUAAUACAAUAGAAUUAAUUAGUGAAAAGUUUAAUUAAGAUAUGUAAGAAUUAUAAUGUAGAUAAAAUUAAUAUUUUAAUUAGAAUGAUGCUUAUAAAAAGAGUUUAAAUCCUAUAAAAGAAUAAUAAUGGUUUAAAGAAUUAAUACAAUCAUAUCAUGAUAAUGUUGUCUAACUUGCAUAAAAUAUGUAGAAAUAAAAAUAAAAUAAUGAUAAAAAUAAAUAACUAUAAUAGACAAUUAACCAAUAAAAAUAAUAAAUAAAAGACUUAUCUGAUAAAUUUACUGUUCUUUAAACAGAAAAUUAAAAUUUAACUAAAAAGCUUGAAAAACAUAAACCUAAAAUUCCAAGUCUCAAAAAACCAUCUUCAUCAAAAUAAUCUUAACAAGAUAAAUAGAAAUUAGAAGAAUAAGUGCCAAUUACAUUGUUAUUAUAAUAAGGUAAGGUGGCUGAAGUUGAAUCUAAAUCUAAUCAAUAUAAAAUUCAAUUAAAAUUAGCUGAAUAAAAAAUUGAUCAAUUAAAAUAAGCUAAUUUAAUUUAUGAAUAAGAAUUCAAAAAAAUUAAUUAAUAAAAUUCACAUUUAUAAGAUUUACUUAAAAAUAGAGAUUAAACUAUUUAAGAACUAUAAAAAUAAUACAAGUAAGAAAAUUAAAAAAUAAUUAAUGAAUUAAAUCAAGUUUAAAAUAAAUUUGUACCUGAAGAUAAAGUUUAGGCACUUAAUGAAGUUAUUACUCAAAAAGAAUAAUUAAUUAAUUAAUUAAAAGAUGAAAUAUAAAGAAAAAAAGAUGUUGCUGAUUAAUUUAGAGGAGAUAGAGAAGAUCAAAAAUAAAUUGUUGAAAAGAUAAAAAAAUAAAAUGAGGAUUUAUUAACAGAAAAUGAAAAAUUAAAAAGAAUAAAUAAAGAUAAUGAAAGAUAAAAUAGCAAUUUCAAAGAGUUCAAAGAGAAAUAUGAUUAGAUGAAAGUUUAAGAGAAAUAAAUUUAAGAUGAAAUUAAAAACAUUUAAGAAAAAAAUAAACAACUUAAGCAAGAUAAUACAAGGAAGGAUGCUAAUAUAAAAGAAUUAAAAGAAAAAAUAGAUUAGCUUUAAAAUUAGAAACCAAAUGAUUCUGAAAAAUAAGAUUUAAUAUAAUAGAUUAAGAAGCUAAAAGAUGAAGUUAAUAGAAAAGACUAAGCUAUAAAGCACUUUAGAUAAAAGUUUGAAGAAAAAUCUAAUGAAUUUGAAAUUUAUAAAAAUGAUUAUGCAUCUAAAUAUGCAUAGACAGUAUCAGAAUUAGGUAAUAUAUAUAUAUAUUUAUAUUUUUAGAAAAAGAAAUGAGAAAAAAUGAAUAAGGAAAAAUUGGAAACAAAAAGUAUGAGAAUUAAGUUAAUAUGUUGAUAUUCUUGUUAAAACGUAUAUAUAGAGAGAAUUAUAUGGAAUUAAAUAAAGGUAACCAAGCAAAAGUUGGUGUAAAGGCAGAAAAUAAACCUAAGAAUAUAGCUAAAUUUUCAGAGUCUAUGAACAUUCUAAACUUGGGUCCUGAAGAUCUUGAAGAAUUUUUAGAGCCAAACAUUUCAGUAAGCACAAUUAAGAAAUCAAAUAAUAAAGAUUUGGAUAGAUUUGAAACUUUAUUUAUGAAUCCUGAACAAUUAGAUGUAAACUAAAUAUUUAAUAUGAUUAACAAUGUAAUUACUGAAAGAAUUAAUUGUGGUUGA